AUGGAAGGAGAAAAUGACACAAAAGUUAUAAAAAACUCAGAACCUAUUGAAAAUGGACACGAACCUUCAUCUUCAAUUAUUUCUAUACCAAGUAGUAGUAAUAAUAUUGGACAUUUAAAUAUUAAUAAUAAUGUGGCAAGAGUAAGUGGCGAUGAUUCUAGCGAUGAAGACCCAGCAGAAUAUUUACGCGAUUUACGUAGACGUGUUCAAUUUAGUGACAGAUCACAACGUGUUUUGGAUGAUUCUGAUAAUCUACUUAAAUCAAUCAGAAAUAGAAGAGCCCCAAUACCCUCCCCUUUAGCUAAUUCUUCUUCAACUUCUGCUGUUGGAGGACAACAUUCUUCCUUUUCUUUGGAAAAGCGUCGAAAAAGUGGAGAUUCUACUAUACAAGAUAGGGCAGAAAGAACGUUUAUAAGAAGUAGAAGGUCUUUAAGUCCUGAUAAACAACAAUUAGGAGGAAUUGAAGAUGCUUCUACAAGUCGUUAUUUGUUAAACACACCAAAAUUCCCUCGUAUUGACUUCGACGAUUGGAUUACUGAAGAAUUAACGGAUAGAAAGCCGGCAUGGCAUCAAUUAGAGGAAAGUGUUAAAUCUUCAUAUAAUAAACCUAGAGCAACAGCUGAACGAAACAGACAAUUAAAUGAAUAUCAAGACACCCAACUUAACCAUCUGGAAUUUAACCGUGCCCGUCGUCGACACCAAUCAACAGAUUUACCUUUCACUGAAUUAACACAUUUAGACUCCGAAAGUUUUUUGCCUAGAGCGCCUAGUUGGAUGGCUAAUGAUGCUAUAGCCCCCAGGGGAAUGCCCAAAUUGAUAAAUUCUGCAGGAAGUGGUCCUUAUGCAGCACCUCAUUUAAAUAGAACACAAGGAAUUGAAAGACCAGAAUUAACUCGUUAUAGCAAAAUUGCUGAUGAUAUAACAGCUCGUCUUCUAAAAACUUCAAUAUUGCCAGAACAUAUGAAAACAAUAACUAGUAAAGAAUUUAGAAGUGCUCCUUUCCCUUCUGCGGGAAGUUCAACAGAACAAUUCGCAACAGAAGACGAAAUGCUGGUAAAGCUUUUUUAA